UUACAUAAAAAUAAUAAAUAUAACCUAUUUUAUGUAAAAUUUGCUUUUAGUUUCUAAUCAAAGUAAUAAGUAUGCAUAAAAAUGGUAAUUUAUAGAAAAUUUAGCACUGGAUUAAAGCUUUAUGAAAAAAUUGUCCCAACAAAUUUAAAAGGGAAGAAAGUUAGUUCACAACAAUGGUUAACAAGGCAAUUAAACGACCCUUAUGUCGAAAAGGCGAAAAUGAUGAAUUAUAGAUGUAGAAGCGCAUUUAAACUUAUUGAAAUCGAUGACAAAAAUUCAUUUUUAAAACCUGGUCAAACUGUAAUUGACUGUGGAGCUGCACCAGGAUCGUGGACCCAAGUAGCUGUAUUAAGAUGUAAUGCGGACGGAAAACAAAAGAAGAAAAUAGGAACUGUUAUUGGUAUUGAUAAAUUACAAAUAUAUCCGCUUGAAGGUGCUCAGUUAUUAGGAAAUAUGGAUUUCACAUUAAAAGAAUCCCAAUUAAAAAUAUUACAGUUAUUAAACAACGCUAAGCUCGAUGUAGUUUUAUCAGAUAUGGCUCCAAAUGCUACAGGAGUACGCAGCAUGGAUCAAGAGAAUAUUUUAAACUUAUGUUAUUCGGUUUUAAAGUUUGCAGUUCAAAUGUCGAAUGACGGAGGAACACUUUUGGUUAAAGUUUGGGAUGGUGGUGGUGUUCCAAAAUUAUGUAAAGAUAUUGAAAAGUUUUAUAAUCAUGUUAAAAUAAUAAAACCUAAUGCGUCGAGAUCAGAUUCGGCAGAAAAAUUUUUAUUAGGCCGUGGAUUUAAAGGCCUUAAAACUACUUUGUAAUUGUUAAGAUAAAUCUAGUCACAU